UCGCAGUGGAUAUCAUAAUGAGUGUACGUUACUUUCUCCCAGAAAAAUCGAUUUUUUCAAAUUUUAAAUAAGAAAAAAAUAAAACUGGAUCACCUAAAGCUCAGAUUCCUAAGUUUCCAACCUUUCUUCUUAAAGGUUUUUCCCAAAUUCCCUCUCAAAUUUAUAAAAAGCCUCUUUUUUUCCUCGGUUCUGAACAUUUGAUGUAGUAUAAAAACAACCCACUCUCCGCCAAAAAUAGACGGCGCUGCACUAUAACGCCGCCGCUAUUAACCCCCACCUUCUCCCAAGAAACAAAAAGCCCAUAAUUCUACCUGAAUUUUGUUAUUAAAGAUUCAUUUUUCUGUUCUAUAAUGUGGGUGUUUAGUGUUUUUCUUUAGCUAUGGUUAUAGAGUAAAAGGGUGUUGUUAGAAGGAGGAUUUUUUUAUUUUUUUUGGGUGGGUUUUGUUCAAAGAUGCUGUGCAGAAAGAAUUCAGUUAGUUGUGGGCGUGGGUCGGUGCCUGUGUAUCUAAAUGUGUACGAUCUUACUUCCAUUAAUGGUUAUGCUUAUUGGCUUGGUCUUGGGGUUUACCAUUCUGGUGUUCAAGUUCAUGGAGUAGAGUAUGCAUUUGGAGCUCACGAGUAUCCAACAACGGGGAUUUUCGAAGGGGAACCGAAACAGUGCGAGGGAUUUACGUUUAGGAAGGCGAUUUUGAUUGGAUGGACUGAGAUGAGUCAUGGAGAAGUGAGAAGAGUAAUGGAAGAGUUUGCUGAAAAGUAUCGAGGAAAUGCGUAUAACCUUAUAACGAAGAAUUGUAACCAUUUCUGCAAUGAUGCUUGUCUUAAAGUUUCCGGCAAUCCUAUCCCCAGUUGGGUAAAUCGACUUGCUCGAAUCGGUUUGUUUUGCAAUUGCAUAAUUCCAGCUAGCUUGAACUCGACCAAAGUUGGCCACCAUCGUAUCGAAGACAAGACAGGUGAAGGGGAGAAGAAGAAACUUAGAAGCCGCUCUAAUAGGCUGACUCCAUCGUCGGAUUCAUCAUCUCCAUCUUCGUCAUGUUCUCCUCCGCUUGUCACAACCUCAAGCAACAGAAGUCGAGGCAAAAGCCCGGUGCCUUCAUCUUCACCAUUGAUAGUCAAUUCAAUAUAGAUUUCUUCAUGAAGAAGAAAGGCCUCUCUGCAUGCUUUGUUCUGUUUUACAAUUGAUUCUUUCGCACCUUACUUUAUAAACACUAAAGCUGUUCAGGAAGCCCUGAAAAGACUCUGUGCAUGAAUGAUUUCAAUGAAUUGGGUAUAAACUUCUUUGCGUA